GCAGGAGUGCCUAAAUUGGCUCUAACCCUGGGCUCUCAUAAUGCUUGCUUGUUUUCACAGGGCAGAAGAAUGAAACGCCUUAGAAAAAGAGCAACAUUCUGGAAAAUUGUAUAGUUUCUUUUUCUUCCCAGAUUGUCUCAAGUCUGUGGAGGAUUCCCUUGCUACACACCACAUCAAAGGGAUCUUCUGCAUUUAAAACAAACGAAGCGUCAUGCUGAAGAGGGAGGGGAAGGUCCGACCCUACACGAAAACCCUGGAUGGAGGUUGGGGAUGGAUGGUUGUGUUUCAUUUCUUCCUGGUAAAUGUAUUCGUGAUGGGGAUGACCAAGACUUUUGCAAUUUUCUUUGUGGUUUUUCAAGAAGAGUUUGAAGGCACCUCAGAGCAAACUGGUUGGAUUGGAUCCAUCAUGUCAUCGCUUCGUUUUUCUGCAGGUCCCCUAGUUGCUGUUAUUUGUGACAUAAUUGGAGAGAAAACUGCCUCCAUUCUUGGGGCUUUCCUUGUUACUGGUGGAUAUCUGAUCAGCAGCUGGGCUACAAGCAUUCCCUUUCUUUGUGUGACUAUGGGAUUUUUACCUGGUUUGGGUUCUGCUUUCCUGUACCAAGUCGCUGCUGUGGUCACUACCAAAUACUUCAAAAAACGAUUAGCUCUUUCUACAGCUAUUGCCCGUUCAGGGAUGGGACUGACAUUUCUGUUGGCGCCUUUUACAAAAGUCCUGAUAGAUCUAUAUGACUGGACAGGUGCCCUUAUAUUAUUUGGAGCAAUCACAUUGCAUUUGGUGCCUUCUAGUAUGCUCUUGAGACCCACCCAUAUCAAAAGCGAGAGCAAUUCCGAUAUUAAAGAUAAAAGUAGCAGCUUUUCUGCAAGUGGUCCAGAGGCAGCAUGUGGGACAGAAACAUCAUGCCGCAGUGAGAUACAAGAGUCUGCCAUCAGGGACAAUACUAUGCAGGAUGGACAACCUGGUAUAAGUUUAACAGUCUCACAAAAUCAAAAUGAAGAGUUCAACAAUGAACCUAACAGGAACAGACUCUUCCAAAAAACUAAUGAAGAAAGUUAUGGGAAUAAGACUAUUUUGUGGAGCUGCAAACAAAAACUCUUUGAUUUUUCUCUUCUUAAGAAUCCUUUUUUCUACAUAUUUACGUGGUCUUUUCUCCUCAGUCAGUUGGCAUAUUUCAUCCCCACCUUUCACCUGGUAGCCAGAGCCAAAACACUGGGGAUUAAUAUCAUGGACGCCUCCUACCUCGUUUCUGUAGCUGGUAUCAUUGAGACAGUCAGUCAGAUUAUCUCCGGAUGGGUUGCUGAUCAAAACUGGAUCAAGAAGUAUCAUUACCACAAGUCUUACCUCAUCCUCUGCGGCAUCACUAACCUGCUUGCUCCUUUUGCCACCACAUUUCCACUACUUAUGACCUAUACCAUCUUCUUUGCCAUUUUCUCCGGUGGUUACCUGGCAUUGAUACUUCCUGUACUGGUUGAUCUGUCUGGGAAUUCUAUGGUACACAGGUUCUUGGGGCUUGCCAGUUUCUUUGCUGGGAUGGCUGUCCUUUCUGGACCACCUUUAGCAGGCUGGUUAUAUGAUUAUACCCAGACAUACACCGGCUCCUUCUACCUCUCGGGCAUAUGCUAUCUCCUCUCUUCAGUUUCCCUUUUCUUUGUACCACUGGCUGAGAGAUGGAAAAACAGUCUGACCAGAAAGAGAGAGGACUGCAAUCAAGUGAGAGCUUAACAAAAGAAAGUCUAAACUAAAAGUCACUGGAAACAAAAGCAUGGAAGAAAAGUACCCGCAUUUGUAAACUAAGAAGGUGAACCACAUAAUUUUUUAAGGUUCCUUUUUGCUUUAGCACUCUGAAGAAUGUCUAACUGGUGGUAAGAAAAGAGUAAUAGCAACUUAAAUUAAACUCUGUUAGUAUUUAAUCAAAUAGGCUAAAAUUUUAAUCAGUUGAAGCAGUUACUUUAGAUAUUAAAUGAAAAUCAGAAUGUACUGUAAUAAUAAAUUAACCAAAC